UUCACUUCAGAAUUUCGGUGGUUUCGUCCCGUCGUGUUGCGAGUAUGAGUGAAUUUCUCGUUGUUUAUUAGCAGUUAUCGUAUAUUUAGUUAUAACUUAAUAUCAUGGACAAGACUUUAAGUUAGUAGUUAUCGCAUUAGUGUUAUUCUGUGUUAUAUCGGAGUCCGUACAUUGUGCCUUUAAUUUGAAACUGGGAUCCAUUGAUGGAUAUCUGAAAGAGACUUGUGUUCUGGGAUGAAGAUGAAGGUUUUCAUCAACGAUAGUGUUACAGUUACCGCGUAGUUGUGUUUCUUAUUCACAAUGAGUACGGCCGCCAGAUUGGCGAAGGUGUCAUUGAAACCUAUUGAAGUGCCCAAGGCUCUGUUGGAGGGAGAUAAAUUCGUCAAGUGGGAUGAGGACUCUGGGAUUGGCCUGCCCGUCACUCUUCGUGUGGACCCAAAUGGCUUCUUCUUGUACUGGACUGACCAGAACAUGGAGGUUGACAUGCUGGACAUGGCUGCCAUCAGGGACGUCAGGACUGGGGUGUAUGCCAAGCUCCCAAAGGACCAAAAGAUCAGAAACGUGGUGCUGAUGGGCUCCCAGGGUUUGCUGGAAGAGAAGACAGUCACCGUGUGCCACGGCUCGGACUUUGUGAACGUGAACUUUGCCAACUUUUGCUGCACGAGGAAAGACAUUGCCCAGAUGUGGACGGAGGAGUUAUUCAAGCUGGCCUACAACCUUAACCAGUUUAACAACCCAACGAUCAAGUUCCUAGAAAAACUGCACACGAAGAUCGUCCUCAGAGCUGACAAGUCUGGAAAGAUCCUUGUUAAAAAUAUCGUCAGCCUGUUCGCACAGAACAAAGAAGGCAAGAAGAGGGUCGAGAAGGCGCUCAGCGAGUCCGGUUUGCCCACGGGCAAGAACGACACCAUCAGCCAGUCCAAGUUCCAGUUUGAGGACUUCUUUGCCUUCUACAAGAGUCUCACACAGCGCACGGAGGUUCAGAAGAUUUUCAACAAUCUCACGGACGGAAAGCCCCACCUGUCGGCCAACCAGUUGGUCGACUUCCUCAACGAGGUACAACGGGAUCCGCGACUCAACGAGAUCCUGCACCCGUACGCAGACAUCCAGCGAGCGAGGGAUCUCAUAAAGGCUUACGAGCACAAUAAGUACCACCAACAGCGAUCGCAAUUAACUUUCGACGGAUUUUUGAGGUUUCUAAUGUCGGAAGACAAUCCCAUAGUAGCGCCGAAUAAACUGGACCUCUGUGACGACAUGGACCAACCGCUAGCGCACUACUUCAUCAACAGCUCGCACAACACCUACCUCACCGGCCACCAGAUCACCGGCAAAUCCAGCGUGGAGAUCUAUAGGCAGGGCCUGCUGGCAGGGUGCAGGUGCGUAGAACUGGACUUCUGGAACGGUCGGACCGAAGAGCCGGUGAUCGUCCACGGCUACACUUUCGUGCCUGAGAUUAGCGCCAAGGAGGUCCUCGAAGCGAUAGCGGAGAGCGCGUUCAAAACGUCCGACUUCCCCGUCAUACUGAGCUUUGAGAACCACUGCAACCCGCGCCAACAGGCGAAGAUAGCCAACUACUGUAGGGAUAUAUUCGGUGAAAUGCUUCUCGACAAACCAUUGGAUUCACACCAGCUUGAGCCAGGAGGGGAGAUGCCGCCGCCGUCGCUGCUCAAAAACAAGAUAAUAAUAAAGAACAAGAAGAAACACCACCACCACCACAAGAAGGAGGAAGUGGCGGCCAGCGAGGAGGAGAAGUGCGAACCCGUGCCGCAGGGCAACGGCGAAAUUGCACACGGCCUGCUGGUACGGCAGGGGUCCAAGGAGUCGUCGGAGUCGUCGGAGUCGGACAGCUCGAGCGAGGAGGAGGGCGGCGGGGAGGCGGAGGGCGGCGCGGCGGAGGAGGCGCGCGAGACGCACGCUGCGGCCGAGAUCUCCGCGCUCGUCAACUACGUGCAGCCUGUGCACUUCUCCUCCUUUGAGAAUGCCGAGAAGAAGAACCGCUUCUACGAGAUGUCGUCGUUCGACGAGAAGCAGGCGACGACGCUGCUGAAGGAGCGGCCCAUCGAGUUCGUGAACUACAACAAGCACCAGUUGUCGCGCGUCUACCCCGCGGGGACGCGCUUCGACUCCUCCAACUUUAUGCCACAGGUAUUCUGGAACGCGGGCUGCCAGCUCGUGGCACUGAACUACCAGACCCUGGAUCUGGCCAUGCAGCUCAACCUGGGCACCUUCGAGUACAACCGCCGCUGCGGGUACCUGCUCAAACCUGAGUUUAUGAGGAGAAAGGAUCGUCGCCUAGAUCCUUUCGCGGAGAGCACAGUGGACGGCAUAAUCGCCGGCUCGCUGUCCGUGAGCGUGGUGUCCGGGCAGCUGCUGACGGACAAGCGCACGGGCACGUUCGUGGAGGUGGACAUGUUCGGGCUGCCGGCGGACACGGUGCGCAAGAAGUUCCGCACGAAGGUCGUGCAGAACAACGGCAUCAACCCCGUGUAUGAGGACGAGCCGUUUGUGUUCAAGAAGGUGGUGUUACCCGAGCUGGCGAUGCUGCGGAUAGCGGCGCACGAGGAGAGCGGCCGGCUGCUGGGGCACCGCGUGCUGCCGGUGCUCGGCCUGUGCCCCGGGUACCGCCACGUGGGGCUGCGCACCGAGCUGGGGCUCCCUCUGCCGGCCAGCCUGCUGCUGCACGUGCAAGUCAAGGACUACGUGCCAGAUAGGCUGUCGGAGCUCGCAGAGGCGUUGGCGAACCCGAUCAAGUACCAGAGCGAAAUGGACAAGCGCACGCAGCAGCUGGCCGUUCUCACCGACGAUACGGAGGAGCCCAGCGCGCCCUUCCCGACUCCGGCGCCUCCUUGCCCACGCGAUCGGCCUAGUAGCGGUAUGGACGGCAGCCCAAAAACAGUUAACGCAGCUAAUGAAAACCCAAAGAGUGACGCGGAGCCACAGAACACAGACGUCAAUGAAAAAGAUCCACCAAAGGAAGCUGAGAACAAAUACAACGGUGGCACCGAAGAGAAGCCGGACGAGUCGCUGGAGACGCUGCUGAACAGCAAGGUGGUGAAGGAGAAGAGAGCGGAGCUGGAGAGGAAGUUGGACGCGCUGCGGCGGAAGAACGCGCGGACCAGACCCGUCUCCGCCAAGUUCUUUGUGAAGAGACUGUCCACUAGAAAUAUGAGCGAGCCGUCGGCCGGCAGCGAGGAGUCGGGCGCUAGCACGGCGGCAGACGAGCGCGAGCUGCGGUUGCGCUACCACCACGCGAUCUACGCCGCGCUCGAGAAGAGUCUGCGCAACGAGCAGCAGCAGCAGAUGAAGGCGCUCUCCGAUUCGCUGGAAGUGCGCAAAAAGGAAACGCUGAAUAAACUGGCAAAUUUACGCAAAGAAGACGUGAAAGCAUUAGCCAAAACUACUAAUAAGGAUGAAAUACUUAGAAGAAAGAGGGAAAUACAUUCACAGUCGGUAGUGCGCGGCGUGGCGGAGUGCUCGCGCCUGGAGCAGGAGCACGCCAAGCGGAGGGAGCAGUUGGCGCGCGCGCACGAGCGUAUGCGCGCCGCGCUACAACUGCAUCGCGAUCAGGAGCUGUUGGAGUUGGAACGGCAGUGCGGCGGCGCGCCGGAGGGCUAGCCCGCAGUAGCACGCGCGCUCGCGGCGUGCUCGCACGUGUUGCUAUGCAAGUGUUAAUUUCCUUUAGGAAUCUGUGAUAUUACCUCCUAAGGAGCGAAACGGAACGUGGAACCCUUCGCCGUCUCUCGUCUCCGCAAUCUCAUAGUUUUAGUUUGUUUUCGUAGUUUUUAAUACUUACCCUGAGUGUUGUGUGACUUGUACUACGUGUUCGGAUUUCUGGCCCCCACGUGUCCGGAAUCCGCGAUAAAGGCGGAAACACAUUACACACGCCACGCGAUUUGUGAUUUUUUUUUUACUACGGAAAUCAAAUAAAAUAGUUGUACAUUUUACAUAAUAUUAAACUUAUCUAUCUAUUGACAUUAAGACGGUAAAGCUUUCACAGUAGUAAUUUAUUAUAAAACACGGCUAACACUCACUAACUCACGUGAUACAACGUCGGAGUAUGCCCGACUAGUUUCGAACCCAACUCUUAUGCAACGCGGCACGAUCCAAACUUGUGUCGCGUUGCAAUAACCAGCUCAUGACUAAGGGUCCGAAACUAGUCUGACGUACUCCGACAUUGUGUCACGUGAGUUUUAGCCGUGUUUUAAAUUAAAUUCAUAUGAAUAACACUCACAAUAGUUUAAAUUUUACACAGUAAUAUAGACAAAAAAUUACAAAGGACUAACGAGGAUUUAAAUCGUUAUUUUAGAUCGAAUGUAUUUGACUAUAAAAAAAAUAUGCGAUUGUAUCUAUCUAGGUCAACGAGCAGUGUUUUUAGGGUCUCGUUGCGUGUUUUAAGUGCGUUUCCGCCUUUAUUCUCGUAUAUUUGUGUGUCGAACUAACUCGUUAUUGCAUUUAACGUUUUUAGUGUAGUUGUUUGACAUACUAACGCUUCCGUUGCAUCGAUGAGCUAGUCACUAUGAGUCGUAACGUAACGUAACGGGAAUAGUAAUAACGUCGUUGCCGAUAUUAAAUAUAACGUUAUCUAAUGUAACCUGAUAAUAUAUUAUUUAAAGGUGUGCCCUCCAUCGCGAUGCACAAAUCCGUAGUAUUUAAAAACAUAUCUAUGGCACAAGCGCUGUUUAUCGCGGAUAUCGUUUACGUAAUUUUAAUAUAAAGCUGGCUUCACACGCACAAACAUGCUCGACUAAUAAGUUUUAAAGAGCAAUGCACUAAAAUCGGGCACAUUCUAACUUUUGUCACUGCAAAUGAUUCAGAUCAAAGACUAUAUAUAUACUCCAAGGAGAAGAAGUGAAUCUACAUACACGAAAACCGUGGACUUAGCAGUGACAUUAUUUCCGCAUACGAA